ACCCUGGGGGCGGGGAGGGGAUAAAGGGGGCUGCGGGGCGGGAGCCGGGCGCUCACACGCGUCCCCUCUCCGCCCGCCCGGCAGCAUGUCACCUGCCGCCCCGCUCCACCUGCUGCUGCCGCUGCUCUGCCUGCUGGGCGGCCGCCGGCUGCGCGGGGAGCCCGGGCAAGGCGCGGGCACCUGGGCUCGCUUCGCCCGCCUGCCCUACCCGGAGGACGAGCUCUUCCUCUACGACGCCUUCCCCGCGGGCUUCCUGUGGGGGGCGGGCAGCGCCGCGUACCAGGCCGAGGGGGGCUGGCGCCAGGGCGGCAAAGGCGCCUCGGUGUGGGACACCUUCGCGCACCGGCCGGCGCCGCCCGGCGCCCGCCAGCCCCCGGGGCCCGCCGGCGGGGACGUGGCCAGCGACAGCUACAACAACCUCUUCCGCGACACGGAGGGGCUGCGGCGCCUGGGCGUCUCCCACUACCGCUUCUCGCUGGCCUGGGCGCGCCUGCUGCCCAACGGCACCGCGCCGCCCAGCCCCGCCGGCCUGGCGCACUACGGCCGCCUGCUGGCCCGCCUGCGCCAGCGGGGCGUGGAGCCCGUGGUGACCCUCUACCACUGGGACCUGCCGCAGCGCCUGCAGGACGCCUACGGGGGCUGGGCCAGCCCGGCCCUGGCCGAGCUGUUCCGGGACUACGCCGAGCUCUGCUUCAGGCACUUCGGCGGCCAGGUGCGCUACUGGCUCACCAUGGACAACCCCUACGUGGUGGCCUGGCACGGCUACGCCACCGGCAGGCUGCCCCCGGGCGUCAAGGGCGGCCCGCCGCUGGGCUACCGGGCGGCGCACAACCUCCUCCAGGCUCACGCCAAAGUCUGGCAUCUCUACAAUGAUCAUUUUCGUCCAACUCAAGGAGGCCAAGUGUCCAUUGCCCUCAGCUCCCACUGGAUAAAGCCUCAAGCUAUGACCGAAAAAGACAUACAAGAAUGUCAAAAAUCCCUUGACUUUGUGCUGGGCUGGUUUGCUAAACCCAUAUUUAUUGAUGGCGAUUACCCUCAGAGCAUGAAAAAUAACCUCUCAUCUCUGUUGCCUGAAUUCAGUGACUCAGAGAAGAAGUACAUCAAGGGAACAGCUGACUUUUUUGCUCUUUCUUUUGGAGCAACACUGAGUUUCCAGCUCUUGGACUCUCAGAUGAAGUUCCAUCAGUUGGAAUCACUAAGCCUGAGGCAGCUCCUUUAUUGGAUAAGCUGUGAAUAUAACAAGCCCAAAAUAUUCAUUGUGGAGAACAGCUGGUUUGUCUCUGGUAGCACCAAGCGAGAUGAUGCCAAAUAUAUUUAUUAUCUCAAAAAGUUCAUUAUGGAAACUUUAAAAGCCAUCAGAUAUGAUGAAGUUGAUGUCUUUGGAUACACCGUUUGGUCCCUCAUGGAUGGCUUUGAAUGGCAUAGAGGAUACAGCAUUAGACGUGGAUUAUUUUAUGUUGAUUUUCAAAGCCAUGACAAGAAGUUUUUGCCAAAGUCUUCAGCUUUGUUCUACCAAAAGCUAAUAGAGAGAAAUGGCUUCCCACCUUUGCCUGAGAAUCAACCCAUAGAUGGGAAAUUUCCCUGCGACUUUGCUUGGGGAAUUGUUGACAACUACAUUCAGGUAGACACUACCCCCUCCCAAUUCAUUGACACUAAUGUAUAUGUGUGGGAUGUUCACCACACGAAGAAGCUUAUUAAAGUUGAUGGAGUUGUUACCCCAAAACGUAAGCGUCACUGUGCUGACUUUGCUGCCAUCAGACUCCAGAUCUCGCUGCUGCAGGAAAUGCAUGUCACACAUUUUCAUUUUUCACUGAAAUGGUCUUUGAUUCUCCCUUUGGGUAACCUAUCUCAAAUCAACCACACAUUCCUGCACUAUUAUCAGUGUUUUGUUAGUGAACUUCUCAGAGUUAAUAUAACUCCUGUUGUUGCUUUAUGGCAACCUAUGGCUGAGAACCAAGGGCUUCCGGUUGUGCUAGCCAAAUAUGGAGCCUGGGAGAACCCAGAGACAGUUCAAGCCUUUGUUGAAUAUGCCAAGCUCUGCUUCAAAACUCUUGGCCACCAUGUCAAAUUUUGGAUAACAAUGAAUGAACCCUAUGUGAGGAACCUGACAUACUCUGCAGGGCAUAAUCUGUUGAAAGCCCAUGCUAAAACCUGGCACCUGUAUGAUAAAGAAUUUAGAAGAUCUCAGAAAGGGAAAAUAUCUAUAGCUCUGCAAGCUGAUUGGGUAGAGCCAGCCUGUCCUUUUUCCAAAAAUGAUCAAGAAGUUGCUAAUAGAGUUCUAGAAUUUGACAUUGGCUGGCUUGCUGAGCCCAUCUUUGGGAAUGGUGACUAUCCACAUGUGAUGAGAGAAUGGCUUCACCAAAGAAACAGCAUUGAUUUAUACAAUUUUCACUUGCCUUAUUUCUCUGAAGAAGAAAAGAAAUUAAUCCAAGGCUCAUUUGAUUUUUUUGCCUUAAGUCAUUACACUACUAUUCUUGUGGACUGGGAAAAAGAAGAUGCACUGAAGUAUGAUCACUAUCUUCAAGUUCAAAUGAUAAAAGACAUCACAUGGCUGAACUCCCCAAGCAGAGCCGCAGUGGUGCCCUGGGGAUUGCGCAAGAUGCUCAAGUGGGUUAAAUCCAAGUAUGGGGAUGUCCCAGUUUAUAUUAUAGCCAGUGGAAUUGAUGAUGAUCAGAAUAUGGUUCAAGAUAAACUGAGAGUAUAUUACAUCCAAAAUUAUAUCAAUGAAGCUUUAAAAGCAUACACCCUGGAUAAUGUCAAUCUACGGGGAUAUUUUGUCUAUUCUUUCAAUGACAGGACUGCUCCCAAAUAUGGCCUCUAUCGUUACAUUGCUAAUCAGUAUGAGCCGAAGCCUUCCAUGAAACAUUACAGAGAGAUAAUUGACAAUAAUGGUUUUCCCAGUUCAGAAACUCCUGAUAGACUGUGUCCAGAAAUGCUUGUCUUGUGCCCUGAAUGCAACUUUUUCCAAACCAGAAAAUCUUUAUUAGCUUUUAUAUCUUUUAUAUUAUUUGCUUUUAUUGUUACUGUAUUCUUCAUUAUUUACUACUCUAGGAGGGUUGAAAGAAGGUAUAAAUAGUGCUGCCCCUUCACAUACAGCACUCGCUACUCCUCCGUCUGCAUUCCCUUGGGAAUUCUGAAAUAAUGGCACACAAGGUUGUAAUCGCUUCAAUACUAGGGAACCAUUUGCACUGUGUAAUACUGUGAAGCACUGAAGUUGAAAAUGGAUUGUGAACAUAGGGCCCUGAAAUCCUUCUCUGUGUUUUAAUACCUUUGGUUUAUGACAGAUCCUUGCUUGUUGUCAUCAAAUUUAGUUCAGAACUUUGAUUGAGACCCUUUAUUUGCGCAGGUUUUUUUCCAUUUUGCGGGGGGAGGGAUAGCUCAGUGGUUUGCGCAUUGGCCUGCUAAACCCAGGGUUGUGAGUUCAAUCCUUGAGGGGGCCAUUUAGGAAUCUGGGGCAAAAAUUGGGGUUUGGUCCUGCUUUGAGCAGGGGGUUGGACUAAAUGACCUCAUGAGGUCCCUUCCAAAGCUGAUAUUCUGUGAUUCUAAGGGUAUUUUUAAAAAAGGCCUACAAUUAGCCUGAUGGUGGAGACACAAACAAAGGUGUUAACUUAGAUGUAAAUUGGUUUUGGUUUUAUUUUAAGACAUAGAGUAGUGGAAAAAUACAGCUGUGGAGUUCUCAGAGUGAAAGAUUGAUGAGAAACAAAAGAAACCAUCUCCCUAAACCAGGUGUGAUGGCACCUGAUACAAAACAAACACAUAAUUUAAAUGAUCAGGAAAGUAGAGACUCAACAACUAUUUGUACCAAAAGGGAAGGGAGAGUCUUCUUGCUAAAGCAGAGACAGGGAGUGAAGACAUAGGGAUUUUUUUCCCCUGCUGUGCUGGUGACUUCGGGUAAAUCACUUAACUGCAAAGGAGGCUGCUGGUCCCACGCUCCCUACCUGCUCUGUCUCCAUUGGUGCGGUCACCCUGCCAGUCUACUGCCAUGGCUCCAUGCUGUGGAGCAUGAUCCAGCUCCGCCUUGCUGUGUCUAACCUGAAGAAUCCAUCAGGAAACAGCAGCAAGGGGAAUUGACUCAUGUUUGGAGGGCAGUAAAGGUGGUUCCUGGCAAGGGGAUAGGCAGUGUUUAAUUUAUGCCAGGGCUGAGCCUCAGCACCUCUAGGUAUGGCAGUUCAUAGCCCCGCCAGCUCUGGGCUUGCUGCGUCAGUUAUGAAAGUAAAAAAAAUUGCUUGAACCCUGGCACCUAAUUGCUUGAGCCCCAGCACCUCUUCUCUUACAAAUUAAGCACUGGGGGUAGGGUUCAUGCCUUGGAGAUGAGGGAGAGUUAAAGAGGAUUAAAGGGUCUUUUGUUUGGUGAAGGGGAAGAGUAGUAACUGUGAAAGCUAUGGGGUGCUCCCAAUUGACAAAUGGGAGAACUGCACUUACCUUUGCUGUGCUUGAGAACAGGAAAAAUGUAUGUCUUAUAGGGAUGCAGGGGGCAAACGCAGCAUGUUCCCAUACCACCACCUAGUAACCAGAACCUUUUCCUCCUACUUGUGCACCUUCCCCCAACAUUAAAAAACAAAACUGGCAAUUAACCAUUUCCCAGGUUCCCAUAGGUUAACAAACUGUGAAAUGAUUUGAGGAAGGGCUUUGUUUGAGUUUGAAUUAUGUUGGGUCUGGAGGCUUUAAGCCUUUAAAUUUCACACCUCUACCCUGGCCACCUGCUGCCUUGUUUGCCAAGGAUUUAAGUCUUGCACCCCUUGCUUUUGAAGCUCACUUAUCUAUUCUCUAAGAGCUUGACCCAACUCCCAUUGGAGUCUUUUCCAUGGAUUGUAAUGGGAAUUGGAUCAGGUGUUGAUAGCACUCAGAUCCAGAAAUGAGCGACUUUCCCUUCACUCUCAAUGGAAUACAUUAGCACACACACACACACACAAAAAGCAACGUUGUUUAUUAAUAGAAUCAUAGAAAUUAGAGAUGGGAAAAGCCCUAAGGUAAUUUUGCCCAUCUGACUUAUGAAUCAGUAUAUUAGGAGUCCAUUGUGCAUAAUGCAGAACAGUGAUUGUUUUCUCUAUCUCCGUGCUUGCAUUGUCGUCAGAUACGUUUAUGCUUCUAUUUCCAUUUUGCCACGUGAGUUAUGUUCAUCACUGGAGAGUAUUUUUUAAUCUAAUAUGCUCUGUGUCAAUUAUAAGUAGUUUAUCUAGCAGAAGCUAAUGUUGCUGUAUUGAAUGUGAAUGUUUAUCUACUGUAAAUUGAAAUUUAUAUGUGAAACAUGCCUACUUUCAUUGGCAAACUAGAUUACAUUUCUUUCCUAUUUAGGUUAUGUACAGAAAUAGAAAAUAGUUAUUGUUCAAUCAUAGUGAUUAAUAUGUUUGUAUUUUAGUUUCAGACUUACAAUAGUCUCCAUUUGCACUAAUAUAUAUAUAUUUUGCUAUGAGGAUUCAGGCGACAAAUUCUGGGUAGGUGAUAAAGUAUAGAAAAUUUAUAUUAUCCUGGAAAAGUUUGCUGAAGGAGAAUAUAUUUUAAAAUUUUA